UAUUGUUGUUGUUAAAACUGUGUGUGGGACUCAAGUCCCUGGCUUGGAGCCAUUUUCUGGCUUAGGCUGUCUGCCCUUCUCCUCUACCCCUGGAGGGGAAGUCUACAGUGCCUGUGGAUCUGGGAGGCAUGUUCAGGAGAGCAGCAGCCAUCUCGGUGCUCCUGGUGUGGCCAGUCUGGGGAAGGAAGGCUGGAGCCCCACUCACCCGGUGUUUGCACCAGACUCUCACCAUGGCCAAACAGCUGCAGGCUCGAAGGCUGAAUGGGAUCGAUCACAACCCCUGGCUGGAGUUUAUCAGACUGUCCAAAGAGUAUGAUGUCGUGAACUUGGGCCAGGGCUUCCCCGACUUCUCACCUCCAGACUUUGCUGUGCAAGCUUUUCAGCAGGCCACCAGUGGGAACUUCAUGCUCAACCAGUACACCAUGGCAUUUGGUUACCCACCACUGACAAAAAUCCUGGCAAGUUUCUUUGGCAAGCUGCUGGGACAGGAGUUGGACCCGCUCAAGAAUGUGCUGGUGACAGUGGGUGCCUAUGGGGCCUUGUUCACAGCUUUCCAGGCCCUGGUGGACGAAGGUGAUGAGGUCAUCAUCAUAGAACCUGCUUUUGAUUGUUAUGAACCCAUGACACUGAUGGCUGGAGGUCGGCCCGUGUUUGUGUCCCUGAGGCCGAGCCCUGCUCCUAAGGGACAGUUGGAACACAGCAAUGACUGGCAGCUGGACCCCACAGAACUAGCUAGCAAGUUCACACCUCGUACCAAGGCCCUGGUCCUCAACACGCCCAACAACCCUUUGGGAAAGGUGUUCUCUAAGAUGGAGCUGGAGCUGGUGGCUGACCUGUGCCAGAAGCAUGAUGUCCUGUGCAUCUCUGAUGAAGUCUACCAGUGGCUGGUCUAUGAUGGGCACCAGCAUGUCAGCAUCGCCAGCCUCCCUGGCAUGUGGGGACGGACCCUGACCAUCGGCAGUGCAGGCAAAAGCUUCAGUGCCACCGGCUGGAAGGUGGGCUGGGUUAUGGGUCCAGAUAACAUCAUGAAGCACCUGCGGACUGUGCAUCAGAACUCUGUCUUCCACUGCCCCACCCAGGGCCAGGCCGCAGUAGCCCAGUGCUUUGAACAGGAGCAGCAGCACUUUGGACAGCCCAGCAGUUACUUCUUGCAGCUCCCGAAGGCCAUGCAGCUCAACCGAGACCACAUGAUCCGUAGUCUGCAGUCAGUGGGCCUCAAGCCCUUGAUCCCCCAGGGCAGCUAUUUUCUCAUUGCAGACAUCUCAGACUUCAAGAGGAAGAUGCCCAACCUGCCUGGUGCUGAGGAUGAGCCCUACGACAGAUGCUUUGCCAAGUGGAUGAUCAAAAACAAGGGCCUUGUUGCCAUCCCUGUCUCCAUCUUCUUCAGUAAGCCCCAUCAGAAGGACUUUGACCACUACAUUCGCUUCUGUUUUGUGAAGGAUGAGGCCACACUCCAGGCCAUGGAUGAGAGGCUGCAGAAGUGGAAAAGAGAGCUACAGCCCUGAGACUCCUCAACCCCGCCCUACACAGCGAGGCUUAGCUGUGCCCUAUCACAGAAGUGGCACUGGAGGACCCAGCUGUGUGACUGGGCAUGCAUCCAGGAAGGAGGCCAUUGAUGUGGGGGUUUCAGCAAUAUUUCCCUACAGGGUCUGGACUGCUGUCUUGGUUUGGCCUUCAUUCCUCUCCUCUGUAGGUUAUUUUAGGGUCAUGGUUACUUCUGAUCUCUCUGCCUAGGACAUUGAAGGACUGAGUAUCAGGCCUGGAGCCCCAGCCUCAUCCUCAGCCUUAACUUAGCCCUGCUGAGAUUCAGGAGCUCUCCAUAUUUUCUCAUAUGACCUCAAGAUGUUGCUUCUGGCUGAUUGCUUGUGUUCCUAAUAAAGUUUUAAGUUAUUAGAGUCCUCAA